AUGCGCUUCCUCACGCAGCUUACAUCCGCCACAAUCUGCAUGAUCCUGAUCACAAUAACAGCAUCAAUGCCGUUGCCAGCCAGAUGUACAACCUCCAAGUCAGCCGCCAGACUCGUCCGCCGCGAGUCCACACCUUCCUCUGGAAUGGAUUUGGCAGACCAGGAAAUGUCUGAAAUACCUCCGCAUGACUCCGUGAUUCCCCACCCUGCCCUUGUGCCAGCGCAAGCGGUUAGUGAUGGCUCCGAGGAUCCGACGCAUGACUGUGACCAGAUCUUUGCCGCCAUCAAUCUUCCCCAAAAUUCAACUCUGCGACAGCGAAUAGCAACCCAAUUCAAACCUCCCUCCGCUACCCUCAACCAAGACCAACCCUCCCCACCUGCCAGCCCAGCCGGUGAUUUUGAUGCCUUUGUGCAAGAAUGCUUUGCUCAAGAUGCGUGUUUCUUCUGGGACACACGGCAGGGUCAAGUCAUCCCUACGCAGCAGAUCCCUCUUCCGAGCUCUACAACAUCAAUGAACACUGACCAGGUGGGAGUCUUGAUUGAGGCGGUGGGGACUGUUGAUGGGGUUGGAAUUAUGGUAGGCGUAACCUUCGUUGGGGAUAAAGCAGUGCCCAUCUUUCUCAGGCACAGUGGGUCGUUCCAGUCGUGA